CCUGAGCUGAGAUCAAGAGUCGGAUGCUCAACUGACAGAGCCACCCAGGCACCCCUCCUCCGAAAUCCUUUUUUAAACGUGUGAUAGUAAUUGCUGCUUGUGAGAGGAAAAUGUUUUUCCUGAAAGCGGCGGACGUACAGGACAUAGAGAACCGGCUCCAGCAUCGAGUCCAUCCAGGAAGGUGGUGCACAUUUCUGUGUUUAGGUCGUGUUUUGUAUUCUGUCUGAUGGUUUUAUAGUUCGUGGCUUCCAUCAAGUUUUUACCUGGGGCUUCUGGGGCUGGGGCCGGGGCCGGGGCCGGGGCCGUCCGGCUGUUGGCAUUUUACCCGGCACCCUUACUGACUCUACAGGAGUUUCUGGGUCAGCUGCCUUGAAGUUUCUAGAAGCCGCGUCUCCUAUGAGUGAUAGUUUUGUGUUACCUUUUCCGCCGUUUGCACUGUUUGGCUUCAGUUAGAGACCUCAGCUCGUCACAAAUGAGCGUAGCUGGAGGCACCGUGUGCUGCUCCGGCUUCACGGGGACGGCUGUGCACUCAUCCCAUGAAGUCCCAUGCUCCCGUGAGUACUGGUGAGUUUUUAACACAUUAAGGAAGUUUCCUUUUUUCCUAGCUUAUUUAAGUGAUGAUUUUUCUAAAAAACAGGAAUAAUAUUGAAUUUGAUUGUAUGGUUUUUCUUUCUAGUAUUUUUCUCAUUGAAGUAAGACAUUAGGUUUCCUAAUUUUGAGACAUGCUUGCAUUCCUGGGAUUAAAGCCUAUUAGAUUAUGGUAUAUAUUCUGUUAACCCAUUAAUAGAUUUAAGUAGCUAAUAUUUUAUUUAGGAUUUUUGGGUUUGUAUUCUGAGGCAUCAUUGAGUGUCUUUGAGACCUUGUCUGUUUUGUAUGAAAGUUAUUUAUCCUAAUCCCAUAGAAUGCAUUGAGAAACUUCCCAUGUUUUUUUAAUUUUCAGGAAUAGUUUAAAUUUUCUGUUCCAUAAAGGGUUUGAUAGAAUCCACCCUAUAACCUGGGGUGUGAUUUCUUUUUGUACAGAGGAGGAGUGAGGACUGUGGGUCUUGUACCACCUUUUCAAUUCAUAUUACACUUUGUCAUCUGUUUUGGGGUCCCUCCUUCUUGAGUGAGUUCCACAAAUUGAUGUUUGCCUAGGAGAUUGUCCAUAUCAUGUAGACAAGGGAUGACGAGCUUGUGCUCAGAGGGGAGCGAUCAAAGUGGGGGGAGCCAUGGCUGUGGGAGAGCUGCUGUGCUUCCCUGGCCUGCCUCCCUGGCCCACUUUGCCGAGAAAACACCUUCUGAGCCAAGAGGAAAUGCCCUACCCUCAACCAGGAGGGCAGUGAAGGGCAGAGUGCCUCAGAGCUGUGGAGAUGUCCACAGAAUCCCAAGUCUGGGCUUAGGUGAAAUCUCAAGAGCUAUUUUGUUGACAAGGCUUUUAAAACUUGUUGGGCAGGUGCAGCAGAAUAUCCCAUGAGCCACCUGCUCGCAGCAUUUCUGUGGAGGUGAAGGUCUCCGUUGUACAGAUAUGUCCUCCUGGGGUUUAAAGGAGACCUCCUCUGCCUGUGUCUGUCCUAGCUCAUGCCCACGUUUUCUGUGGGGCCUUUUCUUCCCUUGGUCAGCCUAGGAGGGUGUCUGGAGGACCAGCAUUUUCAGGUUUAUUGAGCACAUUUGCUUCUUUGUUUUCCCGAUAAUUUCUGCUUUUACUUUAAUUUCUUUCUGCUUUAUUCAUUUCUCGUUUUGUUUUGUUUCUUUGGCUUCUUACGUGGAACACAUACUUUUCAGUCUUCGGUUUUGUUCUCUCAUAAACACACUGAAGCCUGUACAUUUUCUUCUGUGUGUUGGGUGCAUCUUACAUAAUUUAAUUUGUGGGACUUUCAUUGUCAGUGAUCUCCAUGGACUGAUUUCAGCUUUGAUUUCUUCUCUCAUAGUUUAAACUAUGUAAAUUUUUUUCAAAUGCAUGAAUUUGUUUUUUGAAAUUACUCCUGUUUUGGAGGGUUUAUUGGUGGUAUUUCUUGCCUGUGGGAUUCAAUAUGUCCCCCUCCCCUUUUGUGUUUUAAUAAUUUGGAAGAUAUAUACCCCAUAUUUCUCUUUUUAAGAAAUAUUUUUAAGUUUUCAGUAAUUACAAGAACACGUGUAGAUAAACAUCAAUAUUUAGUCAUUUCAGAGCCUCCCCCACCCCAGUAAAACUAUACCUUGAGCCCAUUCUUAAUUCCCUAUUCCUCUCAAUUUGCUUUCUUUUUUAAUUGUGGUAAAAUACACAUAACAGAACACAUCCCAUUGUAACCGUUGCUAAGGGUCCAGUUCAGUGGCAGCAAGUCUGUUCCCGUUGUGGCGCGAGCCCCCGCCCCCCACGUGUAGAGCAGCUGCACCUUCCCCGGCCGACCCUCCCCACCCAGCGCCUGGCUCUCCGUCUACCUGCUGUCUCUGUGCCUUUGACUCCGCCAGGGGCCCUGUGCGGGGUGGGGGGGGGCAUACAGAAUCUGCCCGUGGGGCACGUGACCAUCCACGCCAGCUCAGGCUGCUCGGGGCUCUGCGUGCAGAGUCGCGCAUCUUCACGUUUCUUACUCUGGCACAGGCAUGUGACGGGCACUCAGUACCGGCUGAAUGCUCGCUUACCGCAGUGACAGAUUCCGCUCUGAGAUCUUCAUUUCUUUUUUAAAUGUGAGUUCCUCUGUGUUUGCCACGAGAGCAGAGCACGUGGGAGAGGCGGAGCACCGGGUCUGUGUCGUGCCUUCCCCUGUCUGCAGGGGAGUUUGUCACGUGCGCCGUUUCUGAAAUCUCCACUCACAGACACCCGGCUGGCUCUUGCUGGCACUAAGGUUUUGCUUGCAUCUCCUUCCUAGAUGACAAUGAAAACGAAACAGCGCAUGCUGACGGAGGACUGGGAGCUCUUCAAACAGAGGAGGUUCAUUGAAGAGCAGCUGACCAAUAAGAAAGCAGUCCCCGGUGAGAACAACUUCACGGAUGCCAUGAGGCACAUGCUGUCCUCCCGGCUAAGCAUGCCCGACUGCCCCAACUGCAACUACAGGAGAAGAUGUGCUUGUGAUGACUGCAGCCUCUCACACAUCCUCACUUGUGGUGUCAUGGACCCCCCCGUCACUGGCGACAUCCACAGUCACCAGCUGCCCCUCCAAGUGGAUUCUGCUCCCGACUAUCUCUCUGAGAUGCGCCCACCUAGCGUGUCCUCAGCAAGCUCAGGGUCAGGCUCCAGCUCUCCCAUUACAAUUCAGCAACAUCCCAGACUCAUCCUCACAGACAAUGGCUCUGCACCAACUUUUUGUAGUGAUGAUGAAGACGUUGCACCACUGUCAGCUAAAUUUGCUGAUAUUUAUCCACUGAGUAACUACGAUGAUACUGAGGUGGUGGCCAAUAUGAAUGGAAUCCACAGCGAAUUGAAUGGUGGCGGGGAAAACAUGGCUCUGAAAGAUGAGUCCCCUCAGGUAAGCAGCACCAGUAGUAGCUCUUCAGAGGCUGACGAUGAAGAGGCAGAUGGCGAGAGCAGUGGGGAGCCGCCAGGAGCCCCAAAGCAAGACGUAGCUCUAGGCAACGGGAGUCCCAGGAAAGAGGAAAGUAAAGUGGACAGUCCACCCCCGUCUUACCCUACUCAGCAGGUAUGAUUUCAUUUUCCCGAACUUUGUGUUUUCCCAAGGGUGUCUUCUCUGUGUGUAUUUCCUCUAAACGUGAGGGUUACUGAAUGCAAAUUUACGUUAUCUUGCAUAGCUUCUGAAGAUUAGAACUGGAGAGGAUUGAGGCAUGCUUAUAAAAUACACGGACAUGAUUCCUAACCCCGCUUUCAUCGUGUUCUUCUUGCUUGAAUCCACUCGACAGUCUUGACCUUGCAGCACCUGAGUCGCUCCAGACAUCUAGCUGUCGUAGAUGGUGGUUUUGUCUUAAAGAAGCAAGGGGAGGGUUUUUUGAACAAGUAAAAUAAUGGAAUGUUAAAAUUUCCAAAAAGGUUGAUUUUGUAAGGGAGGUUUUUUUCUGGUGGAUAUGUGUUUUUCUGUUAACCAAAGAUGAGAGUACUUCAGGAGAUGACUGUUUUCCCUUAGAGACUCCUGGUUUUAUAAACAGAUGCUCACGUAGUUCUUUUUUUUUUUAAGACUUUAUUUAUUUGAGAGAGUGAG